AUGGAUUCUACAGAUUUACUUGUGUUCUUCGUUAACGGCAAAAAGGUUCGAAUCUUGGAACCGGAUCCGGAAUUGACACUUUUACAGUACCUGCGUAGAUCACUAUAUCUAACAGGUACCAAACUGGCAUGUGGACAGGGGGCAUGCGGGGCAUGUACCGUCAUGGUCUCUUACUUAAACAUCACUACAAAGAAAAUCAGAAACAUUUCAGUGAAUGCCUGUCUGAUUCCAUUAUGUUACCUCCACGGAAUGGCAGUCACCACUGUGGAAGGUGUUGGCAGUACGCGCAACGGUCUCCAUCCCGUGCAGGAAAGUCUCGUCGAGUCUCAUGGCCUUCAGUGCGGAUUCUGUACCCCGGGGAUGGUGAUGACAAUGUAUACAUUGUUCAGAAAUAAUCCGAACCCUACGCAACAGCAAAUGGAGAGAGCUCUUGAAGGAAAUCUUUGUCGAUGUACAGGAUAUAGACCUAUUGUAGAUGCCUUUAGGUCUGCUAAAGAGAAUUGUCCUUGUGGACUGGGGCUUUGUCUUGAGGAAUCGGACAGGACAGAAACAAGAGACCAGGAUGAGAAAUCAAAUGAUGAACCGAAGAGCGCGACGACACAAGAUGUCAUCUUUCCACCGGAAUUACAGUUAAACUCGGCCUACCACACUAAGUUUAUGACGUUUAAAAGUAGCAAAUACACUUGGUAUCGACCAACAACAGUUGAAGAGGCUCUCAGACUCCUGACAAACUUCCCGAAAGCCCAGUUUGUCCUUGGUUGUAAUACAAUUGGUUACCUGCUACGAAAGGGGGCAAUGACUUCUAAUGUGAUUAUCUGCUGUACCCACCUACCGGAACUGCAAUGUGUGCAAUUCACGUCUUCUGAAAUCAGGAUUGGUGCUGGAGUUACCAUGGGACAACUAGAAUCAGAGCUUUUAGCCGUGAAAUCAAACAAGACCAUUUCUGCAAUGUUGGACGUUUUGCGAUGGGUUGCGGCGGAUCAAAUAAAAAACACAGCUACACUGGGCGGUCAUGUGAUGAGCAAGAUCCCAAACCUAGACAUGCAAACUUUCUUCAUGGCUGCCGGGGCAGUUCUCGAAUUCAGGAAAAUGAAUGGAGGUGUACAGGAGGUACCGAUGGACAAUGAUUUCGUACACAGCGCCAAAAAUAAUGUUUAUCAGGACCAGAUAUUGGUUUCUAUUCGGGUUCCUCUGUUGUCAGAUGACGAACAUAUGUCGGGAUUAAAACAACCAAAUCGUCGUGGAUUUGACUAUGGAGUCGUAACCACAGGAUUGUACGUUCAGUUCGAAAAAGGGACUACAGUGGUUCAGAAUAUGAGGUUGGCAUUUGGUGGCACUGACGACAAACCAGUACUAGCCACGAGGGCAGUAAACGUGGCUAUCAAAAGAUCUUGGAACGAAGACAUGUUAGAGAAAGUCAACGACGCCCUGAUGAUUGAACUGCAAAGCACAGCAUAUACCAAUAUACCUUUCAGAACUACACUAGCUUGUAGCUUCUUCCUGAAAUUCUUCAUGAAGAUAAAAGCGGAACUAGAGACGGGUUGUUCCGAGUUCCCUGCAGGGUUGUCGCACAUACCCACGUCCGGUAUCCAAGUAUACGAUAUUCCAGACGAAAGUGAUACCAAAGCCGUAUGGAAACCUAUACCUAAUGUGACGUCAGGAUACAUUGCUGCUGGAGAAGCGCAGUUCGUUGACGAUAUCCCAAGCGCUACAAACGAACUGUUUGCUGGACUUGUUACCAGUACACAUGCUCAUGCAAAGAUUCUAUCGGUGGACGUGUCGGCAGCAUUGGAAAUGGAAGGAGUAAUUGACUACAUAGACUACAAGGAUAUUCCUUGCGACAAUAAUUACGGUUUCCUAGUGCCAGACAAUGUUCUUUUAUGUCAGGAUGAGGUAUCUUACCAUGGCCAGGCGAUUUGUGUCAUUCUAGCAGAGUCCAGAGAAAUUGCGAACCGUGCUGUCAAACUGGUGGAAGUUAAAUACGAACCCUUAGAAGCAACAAUAUCAAUCCAAGAUGCCAUCAUGAAAGAACAGUUUUUUGGACAUGCUUACAAAGUGGAGCGUGGAUGUAUGGAGGAGGCAGAGAAGGAAGCAGAUUUUGUGUUGGAAGGAGUGUGUGAGACAGGGGCCCAGGAACAUUUGUAUAUGGAACCCCAUUCCUCCCUGGUCAUCCCUAGGAAGGAACAGAACGAACUUGACAUUAUCACUUCCACACAAGGUGUCACGCAAUUACAGGAAGAUGUCGCCAAAUUUCUCGGAUUAGAUAGCAAUCGUAUCUCAUCCAGAGUUAAGCGUGUAGGUGGUGGAUUUGGUGGAAAAGCUACAGAUUCAAUAGUAACUUCGGGUAUAGCAGCUAUCGGAGCAUGGAAAACAAACCGGCCGGUGAGAUGCAUCUACGAUCGAGAACUUGAUUUUAAAAUAACAGGCAAAAGACAUCCGAUUGAAGCGAAGUACAAGGUGUAUUUUAAGAAAGACGGAAGAAUUGUAGGGUGUGAUGUGAAGUACUACUACAAUGCAGGGUAUUCAACAGAUCUUAGCCCGUUGAUCAUGAAAUGCGGUAUGCUCCUGGUACAGGGAUGUUAUACUUUCACCAAUAUGAAAGCUGAAGGUAAGCUUUGCCGAACCAACUUGCCAUCUAAUACUGCUUUCCGAGGAUUUGGAUCUCCGCAGGUGAUGUUCGUGGCCGAGGCGAUGAUACAAAAAGUGGCUUUCCAUCUCAACAUACAAGCUGAACAAGUACGGGACACAAAUAUGCUACGAAAAGGUGAUGUGACACCUUUCAACAUGCCGAUCAAUGACGACAACCUGUACCGCUGCUGGGAGGAGUGUAAACAAGAUAGUGAAUUCGACAAACGUGUCAAAAAUAUUCAUGCAUUCAACAGUGCUAAUCGUUGGAGGAAACGUGGAAUUUCCAUCGUUCCCUGUAUGUAUGGGAUCGGAUAUCCGCCUUUAUUUCUUAAUCAGGCCGGAGCCUUGGUUCUUGUUUACAAGGAUGGAUCAGUGCUGUUGGCCCAUUCAGGUGUAGAACUUGGACAGGGACUCCACACAAAAAUGAUCCAGAUAGCGGCAUCAACAUUAGAAAUUCCGCACGAGAAGAUUAUCAUCAGCGAGACCAGUACAACCACGGCGCCAAACACUUCCGAAACCGGUGGGAGUAAUGCUGCCGACUUGAACGCAGGAGCGGUGUUGGAAGCCUGCAAGAAAAUAAAGGAUAGAUUGGCUCCAAUAAAAGAGAAAAACCCUGAAGGUGGCUGGAACGCAUGGGUGACCGCUGCUUACUUUUCAAGAGUGAGUCUUUCCGCAACAGGAUUCUAUGGACCUCGUGAAGAGGGAUACGACUAUGAAAAGAAUAGUGGGUCUCACUCUCACUACUUCACCUAUGGAAGUGCCUGUACUGAGGUUGAGAUCGAUGUUCUUACAGGAGAACACCAGGUUGUAAGGGUCGAUAUCGUAAUGGAUGUAGGAAAGAGUUUGAAUCCAGCGAUAGACGUCGGACAAAUUGAGGGAGGCUUCGUCCAGGGUGUUGGGAUGAUGACCACAGAAGAAUUGAAAGUCAACGCCAAGGGUGAACUCACCAGUACAGGUCCUCUGGACUACAAAGUACCGGGGAUAAGAAACAUCCCUAGGCAGAUGAAUGUUAAACUUCUAAAAUACGCGGAAGGGCCAAAGACAGUCUAUUCGGCCAAGGGCAUAGGGGAACCGCCAUUACUCUUGGCAGUAUCAGUGUUUUAUGCCAUAAAGGAAGCAAUCUUAGCCGCGAGGAAACACGAAAACCUUUCGGAGGAUUAUUUCUUUCAGUGUCCCGCAACGGUAGAAAGAAUUCGUAUGGCGUGCCAAGAUAAAAUAACUCAAAAGAGCAAGUAA